GCUUCUUGUAAGAGUCCGAGCCUAUUAGCCUACUGUUAAUAGAGAUUUUUCGGACUUUAUAAAAAAUGUUUCACCCUCCUUUCCACCGAGGUGAGAUAUCAAGAAGCUAUGAGAAUUGUCCAUUAGAAGUGUCGACGUGCUAUUGGUUUAGCUCUGGGGGCACCCCAACUGAACAUAACAUCCAAAGUGACCCCAUUGAGAGUUGAAAACCCAGAAGGAAUUGGAAAGUAGUUAUACUAAUUUUUGUGUCCGGAACUGCGGUGGGAAAUAUGAUGGUGAAUUCAUAUCUCUCUCUGUAAAUCCGGCGGGUAGUUGAAGCAGCCUUCAAUUCUCAUCUUCUUACAUCACCAUUUUCAACGAUGUCUCCAAUGUCAAACUGAUUGCAAUGUUAUAUUAAAGUAACCAUUAGACAACAAACGUAAAUUGGUCAAUUCUCUCUCUCUUUUCCCAUUUCAUCCUUUUGGGGUUCUAUAAAUUCCAUCUCAUCAUCUGGGUUUUGCCUCAAUUCUGCAAGCAAUCUCAACAAUCUUCCCUCUUUGUUACAUCACGUCUCUGCUUGCUUCUUCCUGCAAUCAAUCAUGGCUGAGAUUUCAGGACCCAGCAAUGGACACCACAGUGUUCCUCUGAACAUCAAAGAUGAACCCACACCCCUCACUGCCACAGAACCACUCGACUGUAUCUCUGUUCCUUUCAUUCAAAAGUUGAUUGCGGAAGUUUUAGGGACAUAUUUCUUGAUAUUUGCUGGUGGUGCAUCAGUGGUUGUGAAUUUGAGCAAAGACAAAGUCGUCACUUUCCCAGGGAUUUCAAUUGUUUGGGGUUUGGUUGUAAUGGUGAUGGUCUAUUCUGUCGGCCACAUCUCUGGUGCUCAUUUUAACCCUGCUGUCACCAUAGCCUUCGCCACCACCAAGAGAUUUCCAUGGAAACAGGUGCCAGCUUAUGUGAUAGCUCAAAUUCUUGGAUCAACAUUGGCAAGUGGGACACUUAGGCUAAUCUUUAAUGGAGAAGAAGACCACUUUUCAGGGACUCUCCCAAGUGACUCAUAUUUGCAGACCUUUGUCAUUGAAUUCAUCAUCACAUUUUACCUUAUGUUUGUGGUCUCUGGCGUUGCCACUGACAAUAGAGCCAUUGGUGAACUUGCUGGACUUGCCGUCGGCGCCACAGUGCUUCUCAACGUCAUGUUUGCAGGGCCAAUUACAGGAGCGUCCAUGAAUCCAGCCAGAAGCUUGGGGCCUGCAAUAGUGUCAAGGCAGUUCAAAGGGUUGUGGAUAUACAUCGUCGCUCCCAUUUUGGGGGCAAUUUCAGGUGCUUUGGUCUACAACACCAUCAGGUUCACAGACAAACCUUUACGAGAAAUCACCAAAAGUGCUUCUUUUCUCAGAGGACAAAGUCGUAGUGGCUCGCAUUGAGGAGCUCUUACUUUUCUCACUUCUACAAAAUGAAAGACUUUUGUAGGCUAACAAAAGGGUUCUCUUUUUAGUGUUCAUUGUAUUUCAAAGUUUAUGCAGAUGGAUUAGAGCGCAGGGAGAAAGUUGUAUGUUUUGUUUUUGUUUUACAUUAUCCAAAGACAUGGAAAUCAGACAACUUUUUCAAUGAGCUAAA